CGAGGCCGCCAGAUGUUGGGGCAGCGCCGGCGGCGGCGGCGGGAGCGAGGAGCGGCGGCGCUGGGCAGAGGCGAGGGCGCCGCUGGCCCGCGCCCCCCACGGCCGCUCCCGCUGGAGUUCGCAGGGGACCCGGCGCGCCUGGCGGAGGCUCCGGCGCGGGAUGCACAGCGCUCGGCUUGACAGCUUCCUGGGCCAGCUCCGCGGGGAACUGCCGUGUGGCCGGGACACGGGCUCACCCCCAAUGCCUGGCCCCCUCCCGCUGCCCCCCAAACCCGGCCCCGGGGCCCACCACCGGCUCAGGGCCUCUGACGCUGUGGAAGAGGACUCGGUCUGCUGUGUGGAGGAGGAAGAGGAGGAAGGUGUGGUGGCAGGGGACAGCCGUGUGGCCUGGGAGGGCCCUCGGGAGCCCACCUUGGACUGGGACUCGGGCUUCUCCGAGGUGUCAGGCAGCACCUGGCGAGAGGAAGAGCCGCCUGCCCUCCGGCACCCUGCACCCCCAGCGUGGCGCCCCCACAGGCAGCGCCUCUCCGCCAGCGGCCUCCCCCUGCCCAGCGGGGCCCCCGUGGCCAGGGUGCCACCUGCCCACCGGCCACGGCCCAAGUCCACCCCGGACGCCUGCCUGGAGCACUGGCGGGGCCUGGAGGCUGAGGACUGGACAGCGGCCCUGCUGAGCAGAGGCCGGAGCCGCCAGCCCCUGGUGCUGGGGGACAACUGCUUCGCUGACCUCGUGCACAACUGGAUGGAGCUGCCCGAGGCGGCAGGCGAGGGGGACCGUGCGGGGGCACCCCGUGCCCGUGCUCGGCCCCCCCAGUUCUUGCUGGGCCUCUCGGAGCAGCUGCGGCGCCAGCUGGCCAGGGCCCGCCGGGCAGCCGUGGCGGGAAAGCGCCUGUCGUGCCCCCCUCGAGCAGAGCCCGAGCUGCCCACGGACACCUCCCGCUUCGCCGCCCUCAUGAGCUGCCGCAGCCGCCAGCCCAUCAUCUGUACCGACGUCAUCAGCUACCUCUGACCCCGCCCCCAGCGCCGGACAAUAAAGACCUUGCUCUGGACCAGGGGUGGGCAAACUUUUUGACUCGAGGGCCACAAUGGGUUCUUAAACUGGACCGGAGGCCGGAACAAAAGCAUGGAUGGAGUGUUUGUGUGAACUAAUAUAAAUUCAAAGUAAACAUCA